ACUGCCGUGCGCCCGUUCUGCUGUUUGAUACAUAACAUAAUACAGUUUCUAUUAUUAUUAUUAUUAUUAUUAUUAUUCUUUCUUCUGUGUCCCUUAGUUCCUUUAUUUUAAUAUUUUCCAUUCGCUGGAAUACGGGUAACCCGCACAAAAUACUUAACGCUUAGCACUCAACAAAUCCUGUUCCCUCAAAAGUGUAAAAUUUUUUUAAUCAACAUCACUUUUGGGUGACGAAAUCAAUUUUAAUGUCAGAACUACAGUCGGCGCUAUUAUUAAAAAAACAACUGACUGAAUUGCACAAGAACCCAGUAGAAGGGUUCUCUGCUGGUCUCAUAGACGAUAAUGAUAUUUACAAAUGGGAAGUGCUCAUUAUUGGACCUCCAGACACCUUGUAUGAAGGAGGAUUUUUCAAGGCUCAUGUUAAUUUUCCUAAAGAGUAUCCAUUGAGGCCACCAAAAAUGAAAUUUGUUACUGAAAUUUGGCACCCUAAUAUUGAUAAAAGUGGUGACGUUUGUAUAUCAAUACUUCAUGAACCUGGUGAUGAUAAGUGGGGUUAUGAAAAAGCAAGUGAACGUUGGUUACCAGUGCAUACUGUUGAGACUAUAUUGAUAUCAGUUAUUUCAAUGUUGGCUGAUCCUAAUGAUGAAAGUCCAGCUAAUGUAGAUGCAGCUAAAGAUUGGCGUGACAAUUAUCCAGAAUUCAAACGCAAGGUUGCACGUUGUGUGCGUAAGAGUCAAGAAGAUAUCUAAUAACAAAUUUGCCAGUUGCUCUACUCACAUGUUACCAACGUAUAAAUCAAUUAUUGAUGCCAGGGUAAACAAUAUUGUUCAUUUUACCUUAUAAUGUGUAUAUUUAUUUAUAUUUAUCUACAUUGUGUUUGUCAUCAAUAUAUUAAAAUCAUUUGAAGUUCAAAAACAUUAAAGAUUACUUACUAACUAUAAUGUUAUUAAACAAUAGUACAGCUGCAUUAUUUGUAUUUCCUGUAAACAUUCAUGGAUAAAAUUAAAUCAAACAUCCAAUUA